AUGGCGCGCUCAAAGACCUCUUCACUCUCUUCCUCCAAGCUCAAAGACAUACUCAACGUCUACCGCAUCUGCUUCGAAGCCGCCGUAAAGGCAGAGCGCAAACCCUCGGUCACCGGACUUAGCCAGCAUCCGAGCAACGAGAGAGUCUGGAGGAUUUACCAAGACUGCACAACGAGUUGGGAUGUGCCAGAUGGGGCGAGCGAAGCUUUUGUGGAGGCGUACAAGAAGUGGUCUCUGUGCGACAACUUCUGCGUCAUGGUCUACGACGCGUUGAAGGAGCAUUUGAAAACUACCCCAGAGUACAAUGCAGAUGUAUACUGGCGCAUCAUCUCACCAAAUCCGGUGUUUUCCUUCCUUUGUGGGGACGAGGAGCUCAGACAGUACAGUCAUUCUGUCGUGGUGGUGGAGACAAAGGAGGGCAAGACCUUCAUCUUCGACUGCACGGGAGAACAAUUUGGUUGGAACGGUAGUGAGUGGCUCAUGGAGCUGGAAGAGUUCUCAGAGCGCAUGGAUGAAGACGAAUUGCCGGAUAGGCAGGGCUCAUUGGGCUUCACCAGGCGGGUGAUCUCCAAGCAACCAGACGGGUACUGGCCACGAAUCUUCACGACAUUUUCGCAAAUGUUUAAGGCAUUCAAUUGGGAGGGCCUGCCUCUGGAAGAUCCUGCUUUGGCAUUGAGAGCCAUCAGUAGCACAGCAGCGGAGCGAGCGGAGGCCGCUGCUCUCGAGAGUCGGGGUCCAAGUCCGCAAAAGUAG